UUAGUUGCAAUAUAAGUUACCAUUUUAGGCCGGUAAAAUGGUAUCUACUCAAUCUGCCGGCAGCAGCCGUAAUGCCAAGUCAAAACAGGUCAAUUUGACCUCGAAUAUACCUAUAAUACGUACAAGAGCUCAAUUUGACGAGUUUAUGAACAAUGAGAGGUCAUCUGUUUCGUACGAUACCAAAGAUGAUGAGCUUAAAGCUCUGUCUGAAUAUGUCCUUGAGGGUCGCGUAAGUGCUAUAAACAAAACGAAGCAUACUUCCGAUAUGUCACGUGCUCAUAUAUUAGUUCCAUCAACUGUGAUGCACAAGGAUGAGAAAAUAGAGAGCCUUGGGUUUCAGGUACCCAAGUCUUACAUCCGCUUUAUGCAGGACCGUAAUACGCAAAUCGGUAUACGGAUUUCGGAUUCCAUAUCGUCGCACUAUACGUUGUUCAAGCCUGACUUUCAGUUUGUCGAGACUUUGAAUGCGCGUUGUCCUGAUAUUACCAUUACAUUGUACGACUUUUGCAUGAUCAUGGACUGCUUUGAGAAAGGUUCGGCCAAGCAUGGUCAGGAUAAGAUAUUUUCUUAUGAAUCUGCGUUGAUCCAUGCCAGGGAGAAUGGUAAUGCCAUGCCGGCCUAUGUGCUCUGCGAGGUUUACGCCUACUGGGCUCAGCGCAGGAUGAAACAUGUAUUACCGCUAAUACGCCACUUGUGGCCAGUGACUGUAAUGUGGGAGGCCUCUGCUUUUCCAGUAUUUCGUCCUCGAACUAAGGACAAGAUGCUACUUCGUCGUCCUCGCCGCAGUAAGGCAGAGAAUAUUAUGCGCCUAUUUCGUAUUAUUGACGGUUUCCGCAAGGUGUUGAAGCUAUUGACAAAGAUGCGUCAGCGUGAUGAGAAGAUGCUCAUGGUGGCGCAACUGGAGGUGGUGCUAUUCGACCAGCGGUGUCGUGAACGUGACGACAGUAGCUACAUAUGUCCCUUUUGGCGCAGCAUCACGGACAACAUGCGUUCGCGUGUAUUGCGCAAGCAGCGGGAGGGCGCAUUCAAACUCGGGAGUUCCAUGGACCACAUCGGUUUGGCCUCAGGCACUCUGCAAUCAUCGGAAUCUCAAACUCGUUAUUGGUCAUCGCACAGGGGCGAGGAAUCACUUCCUGAAAAGGAUAUGUACAAAUCACUUCGCAUAUCUCGUAGGAUCGGCCGUGGAGGCCGUAUUUGGAUUGACCGUCGUCACCUAUACGACAAGCAGCCCAUAUUGGAACGCUCGCUCAAAAGGUCAAGUAUGUUCAUGUCUGAUGAAGACAGCGGUGACGAAUUGGACCACGCUAAAGACAGUACCGUUGUGACAAUCCCGAAUCUUACGGGUUUCUUCAAUGUGUACACAAAUGACCGUCGGCUGGAAUCAAGACCAGGCUUCGCAUCGACAUAUGAGUUUAUGCAUCCGUACAACACUGGAGAAUUGACAUACUACCAGCUACCGGAGUACAAAGCUCGGCAAUAUGAGCUCAUUAAGCUGCUGGAGGCGGUUAACAACGCCCAAGGUGAUGGUGUGGUCAAACGCCCGCGCCUGGUGCUGAACACUGAGCCAUUAAACAUAUAAUAGAAU